AUGGUGCACCGCGCACAAGACUCGCGGCUCCUUGUUCAAGUUCUCAAGACGGACAAGGAAUAUGCUACAUCCCUCAAUAAUCUCCUGUCCUCAUCCCAGUCGUCGCUCGCCGCUCUCAACGCCUAUGCUUCCAGCUGUCCACCGACGCACGCCCGGGCCAUGCUCGCCGUCGUGAAUGCACUCUCCGGUGCAGAAGAGGCCCUACGUACAUAUAGCACCGCGCUCGACGCGUGGAGAGCCGAACUCAAACGCGUGAAACGGGCUGAGGACGUCGUGAGCAAUGUUUUGAGAGACCGAGAGAUUUUGAUCGGAAGGCUCAUCAAAGUCACCAAUAAGCGGUCGUCUACACGUGAUUCUGUGGGACUCGCUAACCAGUUUCUGGCCGAUCCGACCCUCGGCUUACAGCAGCCUGGAGCAGAAAGCACGGCGACACUGCUCACUUCCGCCGGCAGUAGCAAGCUCAGCCACGCUCAGGCCGAGCUGCAGGCAUGUGAAGCACAUUUGGCGACCAAGGAAAAGGAGCUAGAUGAUAUACGGCAGGACGCCAUUCGAACGGGUUUGGAAAGACGGUGUAAAGCCUUGGUAUCGUGCGGGUGGACGUGGAGCGAACGGGGUAAACAGGCAUUACAUGCUUUGGAAAGCAUGGGUAAUGAACAUUCAAAUGGUGAUGCGAAAACGCUGCCCAAUGUCCGAUCCGACCCCAACGACUCCCUCCUAUCUUCUAUUGCGCCAUCUCAAUCUGCAUCUCAAAUAGCCCUUGUGACCUCGGAUGAUUCUCCAGCAAAGUCUGCGGGAAGCAAGACACGAGGACGCGCCGGUUCACCAUCCCAUGGAAGGAGCGCCACUCUACCAGAGAUUUCGAUGGGACCGGCUUUUAAGCUCGACAUUGGACCCGCACAUAGUAUCGACGACCACGACAAUAUACACGAUGCUAUUCCAUCCAGCAAGCCCGUCCCGCCCCGUCGAGACGGCGAUAGCAGCGACGAGGAGGUUCAGCCGCGACCACUAGAGGUUCACGAGAACCAUCCCUUUGGUAAAAAGACCACACCUCCUGUACCUAAACCGACUACGGGCUCUAUCCGCGCUUCACGGGAUUCUGCACCACGAACCCUUCGACGUCCGCCUCCCUCAGAUAAGGUGCAAAACUCGCCUCGAAUCGGAUUUCCGAGAACUGGCUCAUUCACCGGUCACAAGGCGAAGCACUCUUCAGACCUUGGCCCCAGAACAUAUGUUCCUUCACCGCAGAAGCCGUCUGACGAGGGCAGCUAUGACUCUCAGCGGGUUUCGAGAAAACGUUCAACGUCCAUCUCACUCUUGAAUGGUAUCACAGGCAUGUUCAAGGGCAAGAAGCGCUCUGCUAGUGCUGAGCGAGACUACCCUGUCCCCAUGUCGACGGGUGGGUGGCAUACACGCACGGAUAAGAACCUUUCACGGUCACGUGGAGUGGGAGGUGGCCGAGGGAAUAGUUCUUCAGAGGAAGACCUGCCGUCUACAAUGAUCAGAAGGGCAAAGAUGGCGAAUAAUGGCUCAGAUAACGAGAGCGAAACCAAGAAGUUGAGCAAGAAGCAUCUUCCAUCGCUCAGCAGAAGCUCGAAGAAGACAAGGGACAGCCAAGACGGUACCAAGUACACCAUUGUAGAGCGUCAAGCUCGUACCCCGUUGACAAGAACCGACUCUCAAUCAUCGCGCAAGUCGGAAAAGACAUCGACCGAGACUUCUCGCGAGAAUGCACGAGAGACGGCCGCGAACACGGCGAUGAAUGCGGGGACCAUGUCCUCUCAACGCUCGUCCAUUCAGCCAGACAAACCAAAGUGGGAUGCGACUCCAGAAGGCAUGACUAUUAUGAAUCGGUUGCAGCAAGAUCGUGGAACGAGCGACUUGACUCUCUCGCCUCGGUCAUCUGAGCUCGCUCAGCUCACGGAGCAGCUCCAACGACUCGAGGAGAUGGACAGAUCUUUACGAAGUCAGUCGACAAGUGGUUCGACGUUCUCGGCUCUCCCACCGCCCAAGCUGGAGGUUGUUCGUGCACCGCCGAGUGUCACAGAGGUGCCGAUGCUCGUUCAUUCAAACCCUACGACUGCAGCGAAGGAAUCUACACUCUCGCCUCGCAAUUCUCUCUCGCGGAGCUCCCCUGGACCAGACUCGGAAGGCUUCGUACGAGGUCAUAGGAGGCAGGGUUCAAUAAGUAGUCCCUCGCCUCUGGUGUAUCCUAGUGGAGGGGCGAACCUCAAAGCUCGCUCGUCGAUAUCAUCACGCGAUACGUCUACUCCGCCACUCAAACCCGCACUCAAAUCGCCUAACAGGGCGAGUGCACCACUCCCUGCACUCCCCUCGAUCUUAGCCAAGGCUAGUCGUAUCUCACCAGAGGAUGGCUCCCAGGACCGCAACAGCGACGUGCCGACUCCAUUAGGGGCCAAAGACGGGUUGAAGCCCAACGGGGACACCAUGUUUGUGCACUACGAUCCUCGUAUGGAUGCACGGUCCCCUCCGACUACACCCUCCAUUUUGGUACCCACACCGCGUCGACUCAGUGAGAUUCCAGCUUCGGUCCGGUCGAGCGUCGCUGGAACGGAUGAUGGCGAAGAGUCUGCAUACGAAACUCCAGACGAGCAAAUGAGUGGAGAAGAAGAGGAGAAGAGUACAGAGGGAGCGCCAACCCCGAUGAAGCCGUCACCAAAAAAGGAUCAAGAUAACCUGCCAGACUACCCUAUCAUUCCCGAUGCACCCGUUACACCACCUAGACGGUCCAUUUCAUUGCAUGAAUCAUCUCGCGCCACGGAAAGUGCCAAUGUGGAUACGUCUGCGACAUCGACAGCUUCCAAUAACUCGACUCAGGCAAAGAGGAAGAGUGUACGGAUGAUCAUUUACCCUACAGCCUCUGUCUCUCCUCCGGAACGAUACGAUGACGAACUUCCGACGCCGCGUGCAGAGGAUCCGUCGCCCCCCGUCUCGCCGCCUGCGAGUGGAAGAACGGGAGGCGGGCCGAGUGCAUGGGAGACGAGGAUCAAUACGUCAAGGAAUGCGUGGGAGGACUCGAGCGAGGAGGAUGAAGACUAUCGUGCUGCCAGGAGGGCGUUGGCCAGGGCCUCUGAACCGUUUUCAAGCUCGAGACAAAGGAGAGGAUAG